CCCAGGCUCCGCCGCUGGCUGACGGUGAAGUCAAGAUGGCUGUGAACGAAAGACAGAGGAGAGAGCAUGUAGCGGAAAGGCCGUAACUGAAGUUUUAACUGAGAAAAUCGCUCACAGAUCACCCGGACCUUACAGAUUCAGAGUCGCUUUUUUAAUCCAAGUAGUUACUCACCCUGCGGAGGAACUGGUGCAUUCACAAACACCGACAGAAGAAACAACUGAGGAUAAAGUCUCGUAUGAAUUCCGACGAGAAGGAGGACUGUGAGUGUGCGUCACCACAGGCCGAGACGAGCCCCGCAAGAGAAAACGAGGAGCCUGAAAUAGAAAACCCAGAAGCAAGCCGAAUGAAGCGAGCAGCUGCCAAACAUCUAAUAGAGCGCUAUUACCACCAGUUAACUGAGGGCUGUGGAAAUGACUCAUGCUCCAACUCGUGGUGUGCCUCGUCGAUGGGCUUCCACCGCAUGGACAACAACGCAGCAGCGGUCAAGGCCCUGGAGCUCUACAAGGUCAAUGCCAAACUGUGUGACCCCCACCCCUCGAAGAAAGGCACUACCUCAGCCUACCUGGAGAGCAGCGCUCACAACAACUCAGCCUGCAGCAACAGGAAAAUUAACCACAAAGAUGUCCAUUCUGUAAGGGACGAUUUCAAAGAUGUGAAUUUCCUGACAGAGGAGAAAGUGUAUGAGAUCUUGGACAUCUGUGGCGAAAAGGAGGACUACUCCCCUCUCAUCCGAGUAAUAGGUCGGGUGUUCUCAAGCGCUGAGGGCCUUGUGCAGAGCUUCCGGAGAUCCAAACCUCACACGAAGGAGGAACUCAAGUCUCUACAAGGUAAGGAUGAGGAUAAGGAUGAGGAUGAGAAGGAGGCAGCUGCCUGUUCGACCACAGCAAUGGAGGAGGACUCUCCCGCCUCCUCUUCCUCAUCAAGGCUUGGUGAGGGCUCCUCGGGGGACAACGAUAUCCAAAAGCUGGGUCCUGAUGAGGUGUCAGUGGACAUUGAAGCAGUGCGGCGGAUCUAUGAGCGCCUGCUAUCCAACGAGAAGAUCGAAGCAGCCUUUCUGAACGCGCUGGUCUACCUGUCGCCCAACGUGGAGUGUGACCUGACGUACCACAAUGUGUACUCCAGAGACCCGAACUACCUAAACCUUUUUGUCAUAGUGAUGGAGAACAGCAACCUCCACAGCCCAGAGUACCUGGAGAUUGCCCUUCCACAGUUCUGCAAGGCCAUGAGCAAACUGCCUCUGGCGGCCCUGGCCAAGCUGGCACGCCUUUGGUCGCACUAUAGUGCGGAUCAGAUCAGGCGCAUGAUGGAGACCUUCCAGCAACUCAUCACUUAUAAGGUGAUUAGCAACGAGUUCAACAGCCGCAACCUGGUCAAUGAUGAUGACGCAGUGGUCGCGGCCACCAAGUGCUUGAAGAUCGUCUACUAUGCAAACGUGCUGGGCGGUGACCUGGACACAGAACACAACGAGGAAGAGGACGAGGAGCCCAUCCCAGAGUCCAGCGAGCUUACCCUUCAGGAGCUGCUGGGCGAGGAACGGCGCAACAAAAAGGGUCCACGAGUGGAUCCGCUGGAGACGGAGCUGGGGAUCCGCACCAACGAUUGCCGACGGCCGCUCAUCCCCUUUGAGGAGUUUGUCAAUGAGCCCCUCAACGAGGUGCUGGAGAUGGACAAGGACUACACUUUCUUUAAGGUUGAAACAGAAAACAAGUUCUCCUUCAUGACCUGUCCCUUCAUCCUCAAUGCUGUCACCAAGAACCUGGGCCUGUAUUAUGACAACCGCAUCCGUAUGUACAGUGAGCGCCGCAUCACUGUACUGUACAGCCUGGUGCAGGGCCAGCAGCUCAACCCUUACCUGAGGCUCAAAGUGCGCAGAGAUCACAUCAUCGAUGAUGCUCUGGUCAGGCUUGAAAUGAUCGCAAUGGAGAAUCCUGCAGACUUGAAGAAGCAGCUGUACGUGGAGUUUGAAGGCGAGCAAGGUGUUGAUGAAGGAGGCGUUUCCAAAGAGUUCUUUCAGCUUGUGGUGGAGGAAAUCUUCAAUCCAGAUAUUGGGAUGUUCACAUACGACGAGCGCACCAAACUUUUCUGGUUCAACCCGUCGUCGUUUGAGAAUGAAGGCCAGUAUACGCUAAUUGGCAUCGUUCUGGGUCUGGCCAUCUACAACAACUGCAUCCUGGAUGUCCACUUCCCCAUGGUGGUGUACAGGAAGCUGAUGGGCAAGAAAGGCACGUUUCGGGACCUGGCUGACUCCAAUCCGGUGCUGUACCAGAGUCUGAAAGAGUUGCUGGAGUACGAGGGCAGCGUGGAGGAGGACAUGAUGAUCACCUUCCAGAUUUCACAGACAGACCUGUUUGGAAACCCGCUCAUGUAUGACUUAAGGGAAAACGGGGACAAGAUCCCUGUCACAAAUGAUAACAGAAAGGAGUUUGUGGCUCAGUACGCCGAGUACAUGCUGAACAAAAGCGUGGAGAAGCAGUUCAAGGCCUUCAGGAGAGGCUUUCACAUGGUCACCAACGAGUCGCCAUUGAAAUAUCUAUUCCGGCCAGAGGAGAUUGAGCUCCUCAUUUGUGGAAGCAGGAACCUAGACUUCCUAGCACUUGAAGAAACAACAGAAUAUGACGGUGGUUACAACAGAGAUUCUCGAAUCAUCAAGGAAUUUUGGGAGACAUUGCACUCAUUUGGCGAGGAGCAGAAGCGUCUGUUCCUGCAGUUCACAACCGGCACUGACCGGGCGCCCGUGGGUGGCCUGGGCAAGCUGAAGAUGAUCAUCGCUAAGAACGGCCCAGACACCGACAGGUUACCCACGUCUCACACUUGCUUUAAUGUGCUGCUGCUGCCCGAGUACAGCAGCAAGGAGAAGCUGAGGGAGAGACUGCUGAAAGCCAUCACCUACGCCAAAGGGUUUGGCAUGCUCUGAGCCCCCCUCCACACACACACACUGCAAAAGGACUCCUUUUCAGAAAGCCCCAUUAAAGCCCUGCCCCGCCUCGCCCCCUGCCCCUUCCUCCUCCCCUCGUCCAAUAAUGGAAACGACCUAAAAGAUGACAAAAUACAGAUACAGAUCAUAAAAACAAUUUGAGGAAAAGCAAGUAAAAAAUAACACAGGAUAAAAGGUUUGAAUGAUAUAGAGCGCUCUAGUAGUCCUUCAGCUGUGCCUGCAUCAUCCCACAUCACUUGGUGUAAGCACAGAGACCUCAUGCGAUCAAACCCCCUCCCUCCCUCCCUCCCUCCCCCCUGCAUACACAUUAUGUCAAUGUGCUGCAGCCCCCCCACCCCCACCCUUCUUUCUAUGUACAGAAAGGAUCUUUUUUUUCUUUAUUAUUUAUUUUAAGGUUGGAAUUGGUUAUUUUUCAUGCCUGUCUGUUGUGAUAGCUACCUAGCUGGUGGGAAGGGGAGGAGUGGGAUUAAAUUAUGUGAAUCGGGACAAUGCAUAAACAAAUAAAUAUAAACCUUGAUAUUUGUUGAUGCAAAACAAAGCUGUAUCCAUGUAGUCCUAAACUCUUGUCUAGUCGACCAGUUUCUCCCAGUUUGAUUACUUCUACGCAUCGUGUUUCUCUCCUCGGAGGAAAGAGCCCUUCCCAGCCAUUCAGCUCACAACCAUCGGUUAUCUUUUAUUUCCAGUACAUUUUUCAUCAGAGUUAGCAUUUGGAAAGUCACUGUCGUUUUGUCUCAAAUGGCACAUUAUCAGAUAGCAUUUUUAUUUUUAAUUUGUCUUUUUUUUUUUUUCCUUUUGCGCCAUUUGGAACACCGCGGGUUAUACUAAAAUCUUGUCAGAGCUGUGUAAGUGCACUUAGACAUUUUCAGAAUGUUUUUUUUUUCUUUCUUUCUUUCUUUCUUUUUUUUUUGGGCCACAGAUUGCCAUGAUUGUUUGCAGCAUUUUAUUUCCAUGUCUUCCUGUGUUGACAAUUCUCAAUAAAUAAAAAAAAAAAACAGUAUUUAUAAAUUAGUGCGGUUGGAACCAGAAUACCCUAUUGUGCACAUUUUAGAAGAUUAUUUACACACUUUAGACCAGUCACUGAUAAAGACGGGCUCAGCAGUGUGAUGUAGCUCUUAGAGCCAAACGGCUUGUAUCGACAUACCAACAUAGAGCUGCUCUUGUGCCAACUAAUACAGCCACCUGAUUGGCUAACUCCCCCCCAGUUAUUUCUUGGCGCAGGCACUUUGUGUUGCCUCCUUAUGAAUUAGUCCUCUAGAAAUAGACACUCCACACUGCAGAGUCUGUUAAAUAUAACCCUGGUUUAGCUGUAACCUCCACCUGUAGAGUCAAGGCAUCGUGUGCUAAAUAAAGUGUCUACAGACAUUUGCCAAUUGUCACUGAUAAAGCUUCGGUCCCCUGUGAUCUGGACAAAAAAAAGUCUCAUAAUGGCACUUUUUUUGUUUUGUAAUAUAGAUUGGAAUACCAACUGUGAAAUAACUUCCUCCUCAGCCUUGGCAGUUCUUUUUCUCCGCGCUUUUUAUUUUAUUUCUUUUUCUUUUCUUUUUUUUUUUUAAAGGUUCUGGACAGUUUAAUAGGGGAGUAAUCACUCUUUGAAGAGGGCUGAAGUGAUGCUGCAUGCUGUCCUCACAAAAGGAGUCCCAGUGCUCAGCAGUGGCUGAUUCCCUUCCCCUGCACUCGUCUGAAUUUAGACAAGAUUCAGCAAACAUUCAGCUGUUAUUUGACAAGUCAGGUUGACUAAGAACAUUUUUUUUGUUCAUUUUUUUUUUGUUUGUUUUUUAAAGCAACACCCUAGGAGAGUUAAUACAUAUUCAUAUAUUCUAACCUAGCAAGGACUGCAACAGUCUUUGUUGGUCAACGAGAAGCUUCUUUGGAGCAGUUGGGGGAUAAGUGCCUUGCUCAUGGGCAUUUCAAUGGUUGUUGUAGAUAAAGGUGAUGGUGUAUAAUGAUGAGGUUAGUGCCCCCCCGCCUGCCGCCCCCUUCCUCAGCUGUGUGGGUGCAGGAGGAGCGUACAAGAGGGAACACUGAAACACUGCUCAGAUUUGGGUGAUGUUAGCAACAGUAUGCCACUAAAACCAAGGUGCUCAGGCCACCGCGACAUAACACAGCAACCCUGAGCCAUUUUGUCUGUUCUAUUUGCUCUUAUUUUCUCAUGUCCUUGGUUUUCAGCCAGACCUGGGGAGAAAUAAUAGUGUCUAAAAUACUUUUUAUGAUUUGUUCUUGCCUCUUGAGGUGCCAGGCGGGUGGGUAUCGCCAGUCGGGAUGGCAAAGUGCCAGAAAGUUUGGACAAACACUGGAAAGAGAAACAACAGUAAACUUUUGUGGAAUUAACUGGCAUUGUCCCGACUGGAGUAAACCCCCAACCGCGUGGAACUCGAGGCAGGUUAAAAUAAACUCCCGAGAUUUAUUUACCGCUGUUAGUGGACCCAGGUCUGAUUUAAAGCUGUCUGUCAUUUCUUUGUACCUUUUGAUUUGAACUGCUGAAGAUGCUGCUCACACGGACUUGUAAAGGACUUAUAGGGGCCUUGUGAAGGCGAAAGGAGAAAGGGUUAACCUUAUCUGGGGAAGGGAAGCAGUUCUUUGUCGGUUGGCUUGAAUCAACAGUUAACAUUUGAAAAAGACACAAAUUGAUGAAAGGCUAAAGUAUCAAGUGUUGUGAAAACAUGCUAAAUAAAAGUGACUGCUUUUUUC